CCCAAAUCUUGCAUUCGAACGCAAAUAAACGUACUAACUAGCCAAUGGAGCUGAAAUUCCUGAUUGGCCGGGAUGGCAGAAAUAUAAAACGAGAGCACUCACGUCGAGCAUGUACGCCAUGUCGGCAGAAAAAGAAACGAUGUCUUCAUACAACAUCGGACCUUGUCGAACAAACCACAUAUACGCGCCAAGGACAGGCUCCUACAGAAAAUGAUUUUGAGAGCUCACCGCAGCCUGUUAUAGUUCUAGAUUCUCCUACAUCGUAUGUCCGUGAACAGGUGAUUACUCCGUCACCUGGAGAAAUCGAAACUCAGCGGCCACUGCUUCCAACGAGACCUGCCGCAGUAGAACCCAGAGAAGAUAUUGACGGAAAGGGGUUAGAGCCCCAUCCUUUUGUCUGCGACACUAACCCAGUCCUACACCUAUUGGAAAAUCCUGAGUCAAGACUUGAGCGAGGCAGGGGGGAGGUGGGAGCGUGGUUGCCUGAUGAGCGCAUUACCUCUCAACCUCGAUCUUCACUCACAUUCGUAGAAAAGGGUCAAAGUCACUCAACCGGAAAUGUCGGCCUCUUGCCCCCAAAGCCCAGUCAAGAGGCACUGGUCGACCUAUACUUUCGUCGUAUACAUCCAAUCUUGCCCUUACUCAACGAGGUCCAAACACGAUCGGAAUUUUUAAACAGUACAAUAUCUCUACCGCUCCUUCAAUCCAUUUGCCUUGUUGCCUCCAAGGACCGACGCGCUGUGCCUUUUCUAUAUCUGGACUCGGACCGGACAUUGUUGCCGCUUGAAAGGUUCGGUGAAUUAAUGUACGAUGAUAUCAUGAGAACCAUGCCCAGGAGGGAAGAGAGAAAGAGGGUUCUUACAAUACAGAUUCUCGCUCUGAUAUCGCUUCAUGAAUGGGGGCCCAAUGGAUCCGAAGAUUGCUCCUUAAACCUGGCUCAAGCGGUUCAUCAUGCCCAGAUUAUCGGAUUGCAUUUAGCAAGGCCCGGAAAAGAAUGGGACAUCCAUAUGAAGUCCUUAUUCUGGUGUUUAUGGAGCCUUGAUAGAUGGAGCGCUGCCGUCAAUGGAAGGGCUAUUAUACUUCAUGAUUGCGAUAUAGGCCAAGACGUGACCGAUAUCAUCCAAGUAUUCCAGCCGCCAUUCCGUCUUUGGCUUCUGCUUGCUCAUCAACUUGGGGAAGUGAUUAAGUCUUACCGGCCAAUGGUGCGUGGAGCUUGUGACCAAGAUCUCGAGCUACCUACCUUUGAGGAAGUUGUUGAGCGCUCUAAUGCGUGGAAUGUGAGCACUGAAGUUCUUAGUUCUCUUGAACUUUAUCAUCAUGCAAUUGUCAUUCUUUCUACACAUUCAAAAGGCUUGCAAGGUCGCUCCCAUUCACGCAUGUCGAAGAUUCGCCAGAGCCACUCGACUUUAGCGAUUGCGGCCUUGAGCCGUAAAACACGGAUGGACAAUCUUUUACCGAUAUCUAUCUCGGCAUACACCUUAUCACUUGCCUUGUCAAUCACUUAUAUCCAUUUCAAGGAGGCGAAAUUGCCAAGUGCCCAAGUCGUGGCAAAAGACAAUUUUGAGUUCUUCUAUGAGUGUCUUACCGCAUUCAGGAAAACUUGGUGGUUAGCAGCUGUGAUGAUGAAGCUUGGUAGGCAGGGCUUAGAUGGCAUGCAACAACGACUCGCACAAGAACAAUCUGAUCGAUCUGUAUACCAUACAGCCUGGUCCAAUGCGGAGUCUACGGCUCAACCUCCACUGGUUAGUCAGGGUGCCUCGGAGACUGAUGGUACGACUUCAAUCUACUCUGGCGGCUCUCAAAAUAUUCAGGAGUCUUAUAGCGACCGAAAUACAAGUUAUCCCUCCGAUUUCGGAAACAGCUUGGGAAAUCCUGCCUUGCCAUCUACUGGAGAAGACUUCUUCGAUGUGUUUUUGGAGAACUUUGCAGACGUCAACUUCCCCACCGUUUCGGGCGAUCAGUUAUUUUGGGACUCUAACUUACUACCAGGUGAUUGGUCUGCACUUUCAGCAUCUUAGGUUGACAAUAACCUAGUCUUGCGAAAAUCGAUCUCCUAGUUUUUGCUGUCCUCGUUGCUUCGGACUUGUAGUGCUAUUUGCACUACGUAAUUACUCAAAUGCGUGGCCUGCUAUAGAUUAGGCAAAG